GUCUUCUUCAAUCGAGGAAAAAUUGAAUUUUGUUCCGUCAUUUUCGCUCGAAAUUAAAAGCAGUAGAAAUGGAUAUCUCAUCGCCAACAAAAGUGCUCUUCGUCUGUCUGGGCAAUAUCUGCCGCUCGCCAAUGGCUGAAGCAGUAUUCACACACAUGGUCAACGAAAGACAGCUCGCAGAUUUCUUCCACAUUGACAGCGCCGGCACCGCAGGAUACCACGUAGGCAACAGACCAGACAGCAGGUCAGUUGCAACCUGUAAGGCACACGGUGUUCCGGUUAACCACUUUGCGCGCCAAGUGUGCCCGGGCGACUAUGAGGAAUUUGACUUUAUUCUGUGCAUGGAUAAAAGCAACCUGGAGGAUCUCAUGGAUAUGAGGCCUAAGGGCUCAAAGGCUGUGGUCUCCUUGUUUGGCGCCUACGACGAGCUGAAGCCGAACAGCAUUAUUGAAGAUCCGUACUAUGGCGGGAAUAAGGGAUUCGAGGUCAACUUUGAGCAAGUCACUAGGUGCUCAGAGGGUCUUUUGAAAAGUCUGGGAUUCUAAAGCAAAAAGGAUGUUGACGACACUAGUAAUAACGACAGUGGUGACGUUCGCAGGUUAGCUGGGUGGAUUCUCUCUUGACAUGCCUAUGUCUGUUUGGAUUUCAACAUAUUUCCCCUCAUGCAAUUCCCCCCGCACGCACACAUACGUACACGUACAUAUAUACAUGUAAAUAUUUGCAAAAUAUGUGGAUAUUUAGAGUACAAUACUUUUUUGGAGUUUCUUACAAAUAAAGCGCUAUAUGUUCAUCCGAGCGAGUGUUUUCUAUAUUCGUUUGCAUUGUGCGUGUAGAUGGGCCCUUGCCAUGAAUAUUAUUGUCGGAUCUCUUUUUAAAGUACAAAAUCGUUUGUCUAUCUGAGAAAACCGGGCUCAUAGUGGUCCUUUCUUGAAGUGCGACGCAAUCUGUUUUGCCCAGCUUCUUUGCUCUAUCGUCUCUGUAUUCCUUUUUUAUUUUUUAUUUGCAUAAAGCUAGCAUCAGAACCAAACAGAGAAAUAAAG